AUGGCUUUCACUGAUGACGCCGUCAAAGCAAAGCUAUCAGCUCUGAACGACACGCAGGAGAGCAUCGUUACUGUUGCGCAAUGGGUCAUGUUCCACAGACGCCAUGCUGAACGGACUGGACAGAUCUGGCUUCAAAAGAUCCGCGACUCGCCGCCUCCCAAGCGACUCAACCUGAUCUACCUAGCCAAUGAGGUGGCCCAGCAAUCUAAAGUACGCGGGAAAAAUGAUUUCCUCAUUGCGCUAUCUCCGAUCAUCGUCGAUGCUACGUCAGCUGCUUACAAGGGCUCCUCGAAUGAAUACCAGCAAAGGAUCCGCCGAGUCGUGGAGGUCUGGAGACAACGCAAUGUAUUUGACGGGGUUAUUUUGGAUGCAGUGGAAGCUCGCAUAGACGAACUCGACAAAGCUCGUCCUACAAACAAGAAGCAAACCCUCGGAGGAUCUUUCUUCAAGGACACUUCUUCGGGAUCCACCCCGUCCGAACUGCAGCCUCUCAAUCCGUUGCAGGUUGCUCUCAACAAGGCUGUCAUCAACUCCCACAAUUCCGCAACAACCGCUACUUCGGAAUUCGACAAGCUUCAUGACCCCAAAACCCCGAAGGCUACACUGCCCGUUCACGCUGCGCGUCUAAGUUCACUCUUGAAGGCACUCGCCAACGCAGAAAAUUCUCUCUCUGAAGUAAUCAAGUCGCGCCGCGCCUUGAUCGAUGGGCUCGAGAAGAUCCUGCAGACCAAUCGUGCAGAGCUAUCGAAAGAAGAGGCCAUUAGCGCCGAGCUUUCACAGAAGAAAGCCUCGGCCGAUACCAAGAAGCGCGAGGUCGAAGAUGCGAUUAUGCGCGGUCUGCCCAGUGAAGAGUCCUCCACAAACCCAGGUGAAUACAACGGACACGAUGACGCACCCGCCCGCCCAACAGUCGAAGCUUUGACACCUCCCCCGGUGGAGGCUAUUACGCCAGUGGGGUCCCCACAACCAGGAAAGCAGCAGCUUCGCCGCGGCCCUUUUACCGAAGAGGCAGACGACGAUGUCUCAGAAUGGAGCCCCACGAACACCGCCAACAUGCAGCAGUCAGGCAACGGGACUGCCGUCACCGACCAACCCACUACCAUUUCUCCGAACCAUGGCAAUGACUUCGAUGUCGCUGCCGAUGUCCAUGCAAAGAGGCGCAAGAUCUCCCAUGGCGAGGAGGACUAUGCGGCUUUUGCAGCCGGCGAUCUAGAUUCCGAUGUAGCUGAUCUGCUUGCCACCCAGGGUAAU